AUGUUUAAUCAAAGUGGAUUAGGAGGGACCACGUUUGGUUUACCCGGAGCAACGGUGAGUCAGACGACACACAAUCCAAUGAAAGAUUUCGAAGUGACGUCGCCGCCGGACGAUUCGGUAUCAUCGAUUGCAUUCAGUCCGGCAUCGUUACCGCAAAAUUUUUUAAUUGCCGGAAGUUGGGAUAACAACGUGAGGUGUUGGGAAGUCGAACAAUCCGGGAAAACAAUACCGAAAUCCAUUCAGUCUAUGGAUGGACCCAUACUGGACGUUUGCUGGUCCGACGACGGAACAAAAGUUUUCAUGGCUUCCUGCGACAAACAAGUUAAAGCUUGGGAUUUGGCGUCUAAUCAAACGAUUCAAGUGGCUGCCCACGACGCUCCUGUAAAAACAUGCCAUUGGGUACAAGGCGGAGUUUAUUCUUGUCUCAUGACCGGGUCGUGGGAUAAAACGCUUAAAUUUUGGGACACGCGAACGCCCAAUCCCAUAAUGACAAUAAAUCUUCCGGAAAGAGUGUAUUGCGUCGACGUAGAUUAUCCUAUGGCCGUCGUCGGAACCGCCGGAAGGAGCAUAAUUGUUUAUCAGUUGGAAGGAAAACCACAGGAGUUUAAAAGAAUGGAAUCCCCGUUGAAAUACCAGCACAGGUGCAUCGCAAUAUUUCGAAACAAAAAGAAAAUUCCGACGGGAUUCGCCAUCGGGAGCGUCGAAGGUCGCGUUGCCAUACAAUACGUCACUCCGGCAUCGCCCAAAGAAAAUUUCUCAUUUAAAUGUCAUCGAGUCGCGAACAACACCGUCAACGGGUACCACGACAUUUACGCCGUCAACGAUUUGGCUUUUCAUCCCGUACACGGGACUCUUGCCACUGUGGGCUCGGACGGAACGAUUAGUUUUUGGGAUAAAGAUGCCAGGACGAAAUUAAAACCUUUCGAACCGUUAGAUCAGCCCAUUGUGGCAUGCGCAUUUAAUCACAACGGUCACAUAUUCGCGUACGCAGCUUCGUACGACUGGUCGAAAGGACACGAAUACUAUAAUCCGGCUAAAAAAAGUGCCAUAUUUUUAAGAUCUUGUUUCGAAGACAUGAAAGGUAGAGCCUCGUCGUAG